AUAAUCAUUUUACAAGAGAUGAAUUUAAUGUAACACAUCCUGCCUCGUGAACUAUAGCUAAUAUUCAUUUGAAUGAAUACAAACCUUUAAGUUAAAAGGAAUUAAAUGUUCGGAAUAGAUUUAAAAAUGAGUUUAAAUAUAUUUUUUUUUAACUUAUUUUUCAAUAUAUUACUUAUUGCAGCAGCAGAUAAAAAAAAUAGCAUAAAUGCAUUUUUUGAUACUUUAUUGAGUGACAACAGCCAUGAAAAUCGAUACAAAGCUUUGCUGCAAACGGGAAUACAUGAUUUUUCAGUUGGAUUGUUUGAUGGAUCAGGUGGUCGCAUUGAUAAAAUAUCAAAUAUUCAGCGAACUGGUAAUGUUAUUGUGCAUCCAGGAAAAGAGGAAACGUGGAUAGAAAUAUCUUUCACUAUACAACAUCUAGACGUAAUUUGGGACGAUUCAACUUGUUUUGGAAUUAAGUGUCAGCUUUGGGCUACCAUGUUAAACAAUCAAUUUGAUGUGAAAAUGGCUGUAAGACCAAUCAACUGUUUAGUGUCAUACAAUAUUAAUUUAAAUACUGUCGGAACAAUGGAAGUCCUCUAAUGGAAAGUGUCAAACAUCGUAUAAACCAUAGUGUUAUACAUGAUUUUAUAGAUAAAAAUCAAAUAAAUCAAAUAUGUAUAGCUGUCAAUGAAACAAUCUACUCCAAAAUGGAUUAAAUUUUAUGUUACCA